GUUGAUGAGGAAGAUAUUCUAGCCAGUGUUUCGUCACUUCCAGAAUCCCCUAAUCGCUGGCUACUUUUCGUUUUUCUCGGUUCCUUGACUGCUCUAGUCUCGGCACUCUGGGUCGCUGGUACCUUGUACUUGAUUGGCGAAGUCAUCGUUCUUGUGAUAGCCUUCGGAUUGGCCUUAUCGUAUUUCAUUCGAUGGAGGCUCAAAGUACUUCUACGAGCCAUGAAGAAUGUGGAGGUGUCGGCACAGAACGCAAAUCGUGCUUUGCUACGAAGGGAAGCACUCUCGUUUGGGAAAGAUGAGGAAAGACGAUUGAUCAGUGCUUUCUAUACAGAAGAAAUGCACGAUUUAGUCUACUCGCCGGUGGAUUCGGAAUCGCCCCACAUUACACAGCGAGGGGUUGGGACACUCUUGGACCUGUACAUACUGCAUCGCAGCGAAGUACUACGCCUUUUCAUUCUUUCCUUGCUCCGGGUCCAAUUUAGCACGGCUUUCUUGUUGGUUUUCCGGUUGAUCUUCAAGGUCAAUGCCAAGCUAAACAGUUUUAUCGCCAAUUUCGACGCGCUCCAAGUAACGCUCUCACAGAGGAAUCGCAACCGUUUGAAGACUUCUGAAAACGAACAUGAGCCUAAAAAAUACGAUGGAAUGGAGAAGGUGGUCCUCUCCUUGGAUGAUAUCGCGAAUGGAAUCACCAACAAACAACUGUCGCCGAUUGAGGUGAAGCGAGCUCUUCAACGAAUUCUGUUGAUGGACGUCUUCUACGAAUCUGGCAGUCGCCCCUCUGCCGAAGGACCACCGUCAUAUGAUGCCAUAGCGGAUAGCGAGGCCAACGUGAAAAACAAAUCAGAACGUUUAACGGGAUUCUCAGUCUCGGAAGGCGAACCACCUUGCGAUAAGGUAUAUGAAGUAAUUGCAUCUCCUGAAGAUGUGGAUGAAAGCGAUACUUUCUUCGGUGAUGUCACCGACUUCGCCACACAAGAGAAAUCUAAUCAGCUUAUGGAGGAGCUCAGAGCAGCUUUAGCUGAUCGUGCCACUGAGUUCGCUGCGCGCGAGCGUCGAGCUCUCGCUGCCUUCUAUGGUGUUUCAGACGAAGAACUGGGAGAAAUCGAGAAGAAGAACGAGAAAAACGAAUCUGCUGCCCCUCCAGAGAAGUUUUCAUCAGAUGACGUCGAAGGCUGCGAACAAAAUGACGAUGAAGCUGCUGAAAACAUCUCGUCGAGAACAGCGCGUACACUUCCGCCUGAUCUCUUGGCCGCUCUUCGUCUUCGCUCAGUCUUGGAAGAAACUAUAGGGGACGAGGACGACUGA